AUUGUGUAAAUAAAUCAAAUAUAACAAAAUCUUAAAUGUUGAAUUAAAGCUAUUUUUACUAGUUUAUAUAAAAUAUACCCGAAUAAGCAAUAAUUAAAGUGUUAAUGGUUAAACAAGUACAUAUAAGAAUAAAUGAAAAAUUCAAUACAAGCUUAUAAAUAGCACAGCAAAAAUUGUUAAAUCCAGGAACAAAUUUGUUGAAAAGUAAUCCUGCGGCAGAAAAAACCAAUUUUGCCAACACUUAUAUUAACCCCAAAUACGGGUCUGGUGACGAUACGAUAUAAUAACCACUUAAAGUUAGUAAAAGCCAUAAUAUGUUUACAUAGUGAAAUUAUAAAAAAUAUAAAUAUCAAAGCUUUAUUAAGUUUAUUUAUUAAAUUAAUAAUAUUAAUAAAGACUUUAGUGAUAAUAUGAAUGCAGUUAUAGCGCUCUGCCACUUCUGCGAGGCACAUGGCCCUAGUGCGAUAUUUUGUACACAAACAUUGCGAGAUACAAAACUUGAAGAGCUGCAGAUAAAUCAACAACAUGUAGAAAAUAAACUUUGUUCUGCAUGCAAUUCCGUAGGGCAAACCAAUGGCAUGUACAGCAAAGAUAAUGAAAGUGGCGCUACUUUUUUAAGCACACAGACAGCUGCAUUGCCGGAUGUUCAAUUGCUGAUUAAACAGGCAGCUGUGCGAAGCCUUAGCUGUGAAAUUAAUUCCAACAAAGACGGAGGUUUUGUAUUCUUUGGUGACUCUUCAAGGGGACAUGUAUUAAGUCACACAUUUCAAGUAAAUGAUUUACAGGCACGCGGAUUCUAUCAACUCUUCUCGAUAAUUGUUCUUAUGAAGGAUAAGUACUUUCUCCUAAACACAAAACCCUUUCUAGCAGAGCACCUGCGCAAAAUAUCCGCCGACAUACAAGCAUCAGCUAAAAAAAUUAAUGAUGAGACAAAGGAAUUGCCGCGUCAACGGCGUCUAUCUAGUGCCCAAGUUUUAGUACAGACUCCACGCUCUUUAGUAGAAUUAACUGGCGAAGAGAAUAUUUUUGCAUUUUUACAUUCACAUUUUUCGUGGAUAUUGUUGGCCGGCUCACGAUUUCUUACGGAACAUGUAACUUUCGGCAAUUUGCCGUGGUUGCCACCACAAAGCAGUGACCGUCCACCGCAACAGCGUUUGACCUAUAACAUAACACUGCCAAUGUUGCAAAAGUACGAGGAAACAAUUAAUGAUCCGGAGCGUGAAGAGUUUUAUUCACUACGACAUGUGAAGGAAGUGGUGCGACGAGAAUUCAACACAAUCGUUUACUGUGCUUUAACUGGCAUAAAAAUAAUUAUUCGCGGUAGCUCAGAUCGCACGUUAAAUUUCAUGUUGUGUUUGAAAAAACUACUACCAGAACCAAUGCAUAAUCUCAUGCGUAUUGAUGCCCAACAUCAACAUUCUAUUAGUUCUGAUUAUAAAAUAAUAUCUGUGUCAAACGAAAUAGCAGUGCCUAUGGCAUGUAGCUCUGUGUAUCGUGUAGACUUUUUGGAUGAUUCUGCUGAUGGUCAGAAAGUUUGUGUAAAAUGGCCAGGGGAAUUGCCGAGAAAAUGGCCCGACUUGAUGGUAAAAUUAAUGAAGGCAGUGGACGAGAAACGUUUUACACCACUGGUGUUAAAUAAGCAAACAAGAGUUUUAAUGGAAGAGUGGAAAAAUAAAGUCAUAUGCCUAAAUCAGGCAAAAUCGUCUAAUGGUCAGGCGAAAUUAAAAAAAGUUUUAGGCGUGCAACCUCAGGACCAGCCGCUAAUAAAUUACUGGAGUGGACAUUUGCAAUAAGACCGCAUGUACAUAUACGUAGAAACUUGCGAUAAAUAAAAGUCGGUCUAAUGCGCACACRACUAUAUCAAAGCAAUAAUAAGAAUUAAAGCUAAUAUAUAUAACAUUACACAUUAAGUCAAUUUGAUAUCUUAUACAAAAUUGCGAAUAUACUUUACAAGAUAAUAAUGGUUGUAAUUUCAAUAAUCUCCAAUAAUAAAUUUGAUACUUUUUAGCACAAAAUGUUAUAAUUCGUUGUUUUGAUAUAUUCUAAUUUGUUGGUACAAAGGUGUCCCCAAUUAUUUAAAUGUAACUGUCACUCGUCAAACCACGAACUAAACUCUUGUACACGUAAUUAAUUUUUUGAAUUUACUUUUACGCGAACAAUAUUUUUAAUUGGCUG